AUGGCUCAACCUAGGCCCCCAGGGCCAGAGCGUCGCGUAUCAGCCCAUUCGUUCGAAAGCAAGCUAAGCCAGCAACUCCAACCAGGAUCGUCCUUUUCGCACGAGAGUGUAUCGCGCUCGCCCAAAUCACGUUCCUUGUCAGACGCUUCCAAACCUACGACGAGUGCACAACCAUCUACAGGAGACUUGAACCGUCCACUGAGUAAAGAUGAUAGUUCGCUCCCCUCGCUACCGGCCACACCAAACCGCUCGAACAGCAUUCACCAUCCCAACCUAUCAUUGAAUCUCCCCCCCAAGGGAUCCGGAUCCCCCUCCAUAUCUCGCGCCCCAUUAUCGCCUAAACUAGACUCUUCGCAAAUUUAUGGUUCUCCUGGGUCGGUCCUUCCGCGACGCUCCCGUGGUCUGGACUUCUCACGCGCGUGCACCAACCUCCACCAUUCCACCCUCGCUCAGUCCUCCCCCGACUCGUCGCCCACAAUCGGAGGUCGUGGAGUGACGAUACCACAACGACGUGGCUCUCUUGGCUCCACAUCUGUUCCUGUAUUCUCGACUUCUGGUCCGGCAGAUCGCACCACAAUCUCAAGCUCCAUGUCGAGCGUGAAUAUGAUGGAAUCCGACACCAGCAGCAGCGAAGACGACGAUGAUGCCAUGAUGGGCGACCGCGAUGAUAUCAUGCUCUCGACACCCCAGGCGACACGCAUAGCCGGCGGACCAAGUCCCUACAAUACAAAUAAUAUUCAAAGUCCCGGGAAUGAAUGGAUGGGGGGCUAUUCACAAGCAGCCGCUAGCCUUAUGAGCUUCCAGCGAGCUCGCUUCCGCAAAGUACGAAGCCGCCACAGCUCCAGUAGCGCCAGCGGGAACAGCUCCAAGCCCAGUCCAGGGCCCCACUCACCACCUGUUAUGAAGAGUGUGGAGAAUCCGACAGCAGGGUACUUUGGUCCGAGGCCGUCUGUCCAUGUGCGACGAGAGAGCUUGAGUCUUGGCACCCGAGACCUUCGUCUGUCUGAUUUGAGUGACGAUGGUGAGGGUCGCGCUGUACGAUCGGGGAGCCCUACGGCUGUAACCCAUUCAGAUAGUGGACCAUUGGGUGUCAUCCGUCGCGCGGUCACCCGCCGUGGAAGUUUACUGCCUAAAACCAAGACCUUUGCUCGUAUCCGUGCGGCGUUGAUGGAAGAAGGCCAACCUAUUGACAGUGAUGUCAAGCGCGAAGCUGAAGUGAUUCGGCAAGUUCGCGAUACAGAACCCGAGACAUCUCCUAAGAUUGGUACUUUUCCGUCUCUUGCGCCAGCUGAAACGGUAGAGGAAUCACCAGGUGACGACUCUACCCCGGGGAAGACGAACCGGGACUCGAGUAGUUUCAGCAAGCAAGCCAGCCGCAAUUCUGGGGGUGUUGAUUUCUGGAAUUCGUUUGACGAGCGCUACCGCACUCCGCCGCCAUCCUUGCGCCAGGCCGCCUCAUCUGUCGCAGAUGACGAUAUCGUGAUGGAUAUGACCCCAUCUACCACGAUCGGAUCGACCACUGCUGACUCUAAGUCGCGUUCUCGCUCUUCAACCCCCUAUGCCCCUGGGAUGACUGUGGUGGGAGAGAUUCGUCGAAAGCGACGACGAGAGGAUGACUUUGAUCCGAACCUCUUUAAACGCCGAGCCGUAUCACCUAGCGUGAGCGCUCAAAGCAGCCCGGUGAUGACCCAUUCCUCUGUCAUUGACAAUGGGCCCAACAUUUGGGGACCUCCAUCUAAGCUUGGUGCUCCUUUCUCUGAGCGUGCGAGCACCGAUAGUGGCAACCGGACGACGCCGCAUACCGGCACCACGAAACGCGUGGGCUUACAAGGAAUGACUGAAGCCAGUGAUGGAUUUAUGAACAUGAGCAUUGAAUAG